AUGAAUAAAAAGAAAAAUACAAUUUCAGCUCCUACUUUACCUUAAAAUAAAUUAUUUGCUUCCUAACUAGUCCCCCCUCCACAAUAAUUAAGUCCCACCAACUCAAGUUCAUCCUUUAUACCACCAGAGCCUAAAUUUGACCCAAACGAUUACAUUACUGCCACAACUACAAAGAGGGAUAUUAUUUUAUAUAAAGAAAUCUUUGAUUUUCUAGAUUCAAAUAACAAUGGGGUCAUAUAACCCAUGGAUCUCAGAAAGGCCUUUGCUAUGGUUGGCAAAUAUCAACCAAAAAAACAGAUCCUUUAUCAAAUGAUUGCAGAUUUCGAUUCUGAUCAAAGUGGUAUUAUUGAAUUUAGGGAAUUUGUAAGAAUGAUGUCCACACAUCCUGGAGAAAAAGAUACUGAUGAAGAUUAUGCAAAUGUAUUCUAUUAGAUUGAUCAGGACUAUAAGGGCUACAUCACCAUUGAUGACUUAAGAGAAUUGGCUUCAGAGUGCAAUGAAAAUCUGAAUGAUGAAUCAUUGUAAAGUAUCAUUUAAAGUUGUGAUCCUGAAGGCAAUGGAACCAUUCGAGAAAAGCAAUUUGUGAGAUACAUGAAAUCAUUGCAAAGAAGAUGA